GACGUGACCAGCCUUGGCCGUGACACCGCCUACUUCGGGUCUGGUCGGGUAUGUAAAACCCGCUCCGGCCCUGCUCAUUGCAGUCUGGUUCAUUGGUUGGUCUCAUUGUUUGGCGUUUGGAUUUUCCGUGUUACAUUGAAUUGUGCGGGGGACGGCGCGGGUGGUUUGGUGGCCAGCAACCUGUCGAGGGCUCCAUAGGCGGAGUCUGCGGGCCGAGUCGCGUCGCCUGGUGAAGACCGCUGCCGCCGUCGCGCCACCCGCACCCCACCCCAACCGCCGUCAUGGCUGCGGAGGCCGAACCGCCGCGCUCCGAGCUUGAGACGCUCCAGAUCCGGACCAACCAGGCCACGGAUGAGUCGCUGGAGAGCACGCGGCGCAUGCUCUCACUCUGCGAGGAGAGCAAGGAGGCGGGCAUCAGGACACUGGUGGCGCUGGACGACCAGGGAGAGCAGCUGGACCGGAUCGAGGAGGGCAUGGACCAGAUCAACGCCGACAUGCGCGAGGCCGAGAAGAACCUGACCGGCAUGGAAAAGUGCUGCGGUCUAUGCGUGCUGCCCUGGAAGAAGGGCGGCCAGUUCAAGGAGGACGACGGCACCUGGAAGGGCAACGACGACGGCAAGGUGGUGAACAGCCAGCCGCAGCGGGUGAUGGACGACCGGAACGGCAUUGGCCCCGGCGGCGGCUACAUCGGCAGAAUAACCAACGACGCGCGUGAGGACGAGAUGGAAGGCAACAUGGAACAGGUGAACACGAUGGUCGGCAACCUGCGCAACAUGGCCAUGGAUAUGGGCUCAGAGCUGGACAACCAGAACCGGCAGGUGGAGCGGAUAAGCGCCAAGAGCCAGUCGAACGAGGCCCGCCUGAAGCUGGCCAACGACCGGGCCAACAGCCUGCUGAAGAACGCGUAGGCGGCCGGGCGGCACCCGUAGGCUGCGCCCGGCAAUCCGCACCCGCCGUCAGCCCCGCCCGUCGACGCCGCGGCGGCGCCGGCCGGUCGCGAUCGGCUGGCCGGGGACGCGCCUGUGGGCGACGCCGCCUGUGGGCCGGAGACCUGUCCGCUACCGGUCAUCGGGACGGCCGGGGGGCUAGUCUGCGGUCGGCGGUCGGUGCCGUCCAGCAGCCCGUCCCUGGUCAGCCGGCACGAAUGGUGUCUCCCUCGGUCUAUCUGUGCCGGCUAGGGGGGAUAGGGGCUGUUGCCUCCCGCCUACCAGUGACACCUCGCGGCGGCGCGGCGUCGAUGCUUGCCAUCCUCUCUGCUCUCCUCCGACA